CCUCCCCGCCCAGCCGCUCCCUCCCUCCCUCCCUCCCUCUCCCUGGCUCUCUCCUUCCUUCCAGGGCCGGCGGCGGAGGCGGACUCCUGCUCGGGGCGAUGCUCCUGCAGCCGGCCCAGCAACUGCCCGGCCCUCCGGCCCUCGGCGGGGACGCUGCUCGGCGGCCAGGACCUGGCCCUCCUCGGGGUGGCCCUCUCCGGGCCCGCCGCCUCCGCCGCCUCCGUCCGCUGCAGGUUCGGGGGCUCCGUGGAGACCGAGGGCUUCGUGGCCGAAGACGGGGGGGUCCACUGCGUCUCCCCGCUGCUCUACCAGCUGGGCCCCCUCCCCCUGGAGGUCUCUCCCGACGGGGGCCGCAGCUUCCCCUGGACGGCGGCCUGGACGGCGGUCCACCACAACAAAGUCCCCCCCUCGGAGAAAAGCAGGCUGCUGAACGAGACCAAGUGGCAGUACUACGGGACCCCGCUCGGGACGGAGGGGAACCUGACCCUCGCCUGGGAGCCCCGCGCCCUCGCCGCCCCCCGCCUCAACAUCGAAGUCUGGGGCUACAGAGAAACGGGUGAGCCAUACUCCAGCGACUGGACAGGCGAGUGGAGGUACCUCUACAGCCUCACAAGGGACCACCCCAACUCAGGAUCCUUCUCUUUCCUGCCUGCCCCAUCUGCCCUCCAUGGAGCCUGGGAGCUGGGGGCCCUCCGGAUUUCUUCCAGCCUCGCCUCCGAGGGUCAGAGCAAUGUGGCCGCCCUCUGGAGCACGGAGCAUGCCUUGGCCUGGCAUCUGGGAGACAGCUUCCGGCAGGAUUCGGCUGCCUGGGCCACGGCCAAGUGCCACCAGUGGGACGCCCUGGAGACAGGCCUGCCCAAUUUCCUGGAGGAGAUUGCGGACUGCCCCUGCAGCCUGGCCCAAGCCCGGGCAGACACAGGCCGCUUUCAUACAGACUACGGGUGCGACAUUGAGAAGGGGAGCGUGUGUACAUACCACCCGGGUGCAGUGCAUUGUGUGCGGGGCAUCCAGGCCAGCCCUCGAUAUGCGGCAGGCCAGCAGUGCUGCUACGACACGACAGGAACACAAGUGCUGACGGGGGACUCCAUUGGGGGCAGCACGCCGGACCGAGGCCACGACUGGGGUUCCCCUCCCUACCAAAAGCCCCCUCGCGUUCCCGGCUUCUCCCACUGGGUCUAUGACGUCCUCAGCUUCUACUAUUGCUGCCUGUGGUCCCAGAACUGCCCCGUCUACUUCAAGCACCGGCCCUCAAGCGGCUGCCAGAGAUACCGGCCCCCCAGAGCAGCUUCAGCCUUUGGGGAUCCUCACUUGAUCACUUUUGACAGCAUGAAUUUCACGUUCAAAGGCCUUGGAGAGUACACCCUCCUGGAAUCCAGCCUGACCCUCCUGAGGGUCCAAGGGAGAACCCGCCAAGCUAUGCUCCCAGCUGGAGCGGAGGCCAAGGUGACAGGCUUCUCUGCCAUCGCCAUGCAGGAGAACAGCUCCGACGUGGUGGAGAUUCGCAUUCAGGAGCACUCUGGCCAGCUGGAGGUCCUCUUGAACCAGAAGCCGCUCAACUUCUCUGAGCAGACCUGGAUGGAUCUGAAAGGUCUCUUUCUCUCUGCCACCCCCGGGGAGAAGGCCACUGUGAUGUUCUCCUCUGGCGCAGGCGCAGAAGUGAACAGCCAUCCGGGAGGGGUGCUGAGCGUGACCCUUUUGCUGCCGGAGGAGUUCCUGAACCUCACCCAGGGGCUCUUUGGGACGAUGAACGGGGACCCAGAGGAUGACAUGGCCUUCCACAACGGAUCCAUUCUGGAUGCCUCACGCAGCUCCCUGGAGCAGCUCCUGGCCUUUGGAGCCGACUGGGCCAUCAGAAAUGAAAGCUCCCUUUUCACCUACGAUACCCAGGACUUGUUGGCUGCCUUCUUCUAUGGACCAAAGCACAACUCUUCUUUUGUGCCAGAGUUUUCUCCCUCGGAAGACCCCGCUGACCCGCUUGUGCCAGAGAUGGCUGUCCUCUGCCAGUCGGACCCUUUCUGCAGAUUUGAUGUCCUGACCACCAGAGACCUUGCCAUGGGAAAUGGCACCCGACUGUCCCACCUGAGCUACAGACACCUGAAGGAGAGCCUGCAGCCAGUGGUUUCCUGCGGCUGGGUGGCUCCCCCCAUGAAUGGCUCAAAGAAUGGGACCAGCUACCUGGCUGGGUCCACCGUCCACUUCCGCUGUGACCCUGGGUUCCGCCUGACAGGAUCCACCACACGCGCAUGCCAGGACAACGGGGCCUGGUCAGGCCUCUCCGCCAGCUGCUUGCCGAAUGCUGGCACCAGGUGGGUCCUGGGCCCCUUUGCGCCAUGCAUCGCCCUGGGUUUCCUGAGCUUGGCAGUGGCCCUUGGAACAGUGGCCUAACCCUGUGGAAGGCAAGGGGCAGAGACGGCCGGAGAGACUUGCUGAUUUGGCCUUUUGAUUGCCCCGGGAGUUGGACUUUGGAGGCGGCAACACCGCAGCCGCUUUAAUAGAUCUGGCUGGACCAAGAGGCAAACAUGCCCCUGCUGCACAGUUUCAUAAAGUGGGGCAAUAAAUCAACAGGAAGAAA